AUGAAACGCUGCCGAGCGAAUUCCGUCCGAGCCGAAACGAAAAAGCUUCUGCUAGAAUAUUGUUCGAACAGUUCUGUGCACGGUGUGCGCUAUUUUGGUUGCAGUGAACGCACCUGGUGUGAAAAAAUCUGGUGGAUUAUAGUUUUUGUGCUGUCGAUCGUGAGUUGCACUUUUUUGAUCAAUAAAAUAUACCGAAAAUGGGAUGAAACGCCAGUGAUUGUGAGUUUCGCUGAAAAAACGACCCCGGUAUGGCAGAUUCCGUUCCCGGCCGUAACUAUUUGUUCGCAGACUAAAGUUCAAAGUCGCCACCUAAACUUCGCGCAUGAUUUUGAGCAGCACUAUGAAUUUUUCAAGCAAGGCUACUCGGACGUCAAUGUCACGAGUAACUACCUAGCUAUGUUCCAGUUAUGCGAAGUAUCCUUUUUUUCUACCUUCUUGCGACCAUUCUACCUACCGAACAAAACCAGCCCUCAUAGUUAUGGGACUCUAAUUAGAAAUAUGUCUAUACCAAUGUUUGAUUCGAUAACGUUUUGCACUAUUCAUAGUACCCGCGUACCAUGUGCGCUUAUGUAUUCAACCUCCAUGACAGAGGAAGGAAUAUGUGCUACGUUUAACAGUUUAGCGGCAGACGAUUUACUCCGCACAGAAAUAAUACAACAAGAAGACCCUUAUCUAUCUGAAGACCACGAGUCACCCUACUGGACUCUAGAGCAAGGAUAUUCCCCGAAAGCUAACCUCGAUUCCUAUCCGCACCGAUCGGUUGGUGCUGGCUACGCGGCCGGUAUAUCACUAAUACUUCAGAUCGAGGACGAAAAUCUAGAAUACAUUUGCAGUGGACCUGUGCAAGGAUUUAAGAUUCUGCUGCAUUCACCUGCUGAUUAUCCCCAGAUAUCGAAAAAAUUCGUACACGUACCAAUGAACCAGGACGUAACGAUUGCUGUGAAACCACAAAUGACAACUACCACACGUAGUUUGGAAAGCUACACUCCGGAACGACGACAGUGUUUCUUCAAUCACGAACGCUAUCUGCAGUUCUUCCGAGUCUACACCCAGGACAACUGCGAGCUGGAAUGCUUAACUAACUACACACUGCAGUAUUGCGGUUGUGUUCGAUUCUCAAUGCCCCGAACUAAUCUUACCGCUGUAUGUGAAUCCAACCAGAUUAGUUGCAUGUUAAACGCCGAGAAGCAACUGCUCGAAAUGGACGUCGUGAAGGAUAAAAACAACCAAACCAAGAACUUUCGAGCAAACUGUAAUUGCCUAGUGGCGUGCACUUCAACACAAUACGAUGCAGAAAUUACGCAAACCGAUUUCAAUUGGAUCAACUGGUUGAAGGCUUUCAAAAUACCAACGAACGAAACUGUGGGAUACCAAAUCGCCAGACUCUCGAUCUACUUCAAGGAAGCCCAGUUCAUGACGGCGAAGCGCAGUGAGCUAUACGGAUUAACGGACUUCCUAGCAAACUGUGGAGGUCUGCUGGGUCUCUGCAUGGGUGUCAGUUUACUUAGCUUGGUAGAGCUUUUUUACUUCUGCUCAAUUCGACCGUUCAUGCUGUGGAGAAAGCCAAAACCUCGAAGAAGACAACUCGCAGACACUCUCCCGACGAUUAAGCUGCUGUCGAUAGCCACUAAACGUGACUGAGCUGUUCUCUAUUGAUUCUUAAUCAUUUAGUGGUUCAAUAGUUCUUGCACAAUUUACAGGAUGUAAUCAAAGUCGAGUUGUCCAGUCAUGCCCUGCAUUUCCGCAGUUUUUUGCAAUAUUCAGCUUAAAUACACAAUGCACUCAAUGUCUACUAAUAAGAGAAAAUAUUACAUGAAAUUUUCAUCAAGUUUUAAAGUUAUGUACUAGUAAAAUAUAAUAUCAUCUUUGUUGUUUUGAUAAAUAAAGAUUUGUUUUGUUGUAUCAAAACUUUUGAGUUCAA